CUGGCUGCGGAGAGACAGUAGAGUUAAGUCAGAGCGGCGGGAGUACUCAUCUGCUGCCUGGGUUCACAGCGUAGAUAUCAUCGCUUUAAUCGCAGCUCGCCAUACAGACAAUUCACACUAGCGCUUUUCCUGCGACUUUUCCACCGCUCAAGGCGCAUGCUCAGACUGACGGUGCAGUUGUUUUAUUCAGGAACUCAAGAGAUAUAGAAGACAUUGAUGUUAAAGAUGACCACUUCAUGGAGCGACAGACUGCAGAACUUCGCAGACUUGCCUGCCAACAUGGAUGGCCUGACAAUGAAAAAAUACAGAAGAGAGCCCUAUCACAGAGUGUUUGUCAACAGAAGCUUGGCAAUGGAGAAGAUUAAAUGCUUUGGCUUUGAUAUGGAUUACACCUUAGCAGUGUACAAGUCACCAGAGUAUGAGUCGCUGGGCUUCGAGCUCACCGUGGAGCGGCUGGUUUCCAUUGGUUACCCCCAGGAGCUGCUCAGCUUCGUCUAUGAUCCAUCCUUCCCCACCAGAGGCCUUGUGUUUGACACCAUGUAUGGAAACUUGUUAAAGGUUGAUGCCUAUGGUAAUAUACUGGUCUGUGUCCAUGGAUUCAACUUCCUACGAGGUCCUGAGAUUCGUGAGAGGUACCCAAACAAGUUCAUCCAGAGAGAUGAUACCGAGCGCUUUUAUAUCCUAAACACACUCUUCAACCUCCCAGAAACCUACCUCUUCGCUUGCCUAGUGGAUUUUUUCUCCAACUGUGACAGAUAUACGAGCUGUGAAACUGGCUUCAAAGAUGGCGACUUAUUCAUGUCCUAUAAGAGCAUGUUCCAGGAUGUCCGCGAUGCUGUCGACUGGGUCCACUUCAAGGGCACUCUCAAGGAAAAGACGGUUGAGAACUUGGAGAAGUAUGUGGUGAAGGAUGGAAAGCUGCCUCUUCUCCUCAGCCGAAUGAAUGAAGUUGCCAAGGUCUUCUUGGCUACCAACAGUGACUACAAAUACACUGAUAAAAUCAUGACCUACCUGUUUGACUUCCCCCAUGGCCCUAAGCCUGGCACAUCCCACCGACCUUGGCAGUCCUACUUUGAUCUGAUUCUGGUAGACGCCAGGAAGCCUUUGUUCUUUGGUGAGGGUACUGUGCUCAGACAAGUCGACACGACGACGGGGCGUCUAAAGAUAGGAACCUACACAGGACCUCUGCAGCACGGUAUUGUCUACUCUGGAGGUUCCUCGGACAUCGUGUGUGACUUGCUGGGGGCCAAGGGGAAGGACAUCGUCUACAUCGGGGACCAUAUCUUCGGAGACAUCCUCAAAUCCAAGAAACGUCAGGGGUGGAGGACGUUUCUGGUGAUUCCUGAGCUAGCCCAGGAGCUGCACGUCUGGACCGACAAGAGCUCGUUAUUCGAGGAACUGCAGGGCCUGGACAUUUUCCUGGCAGAACUCUACAAGCAUCUGGACAGCAGCAGCAACGAAAGGCCAGACAUCAGCACUAUUCAGAGAAGAGUCAAGAAAGUCACACAUGAUAUGGACAUGUGCUAUGGCAUGAUGGGUAGCCUAUUCCGCAGCGGAUCCCGGCAGACCCUCUUUGCUUCCCAAGUCAUGCGUUAUGCUGACCUGUACGCAGCGUCCUUCAUCAACUUGCUGUACUACCCUUUCAGCUACCUCUUCAGAGCUGCACAUGUACUGAUGCCCCAUGAGUCGACGGUGGAACACACUCACGUCGACAUCGAUGCAGAAUCGCCGCUGGCAACGCGCAACCGCAGCCACUGCAGUGACUGCAAGGACCUGGACUGCAAACGCAACCAGCUGACCCGCUCCUUUAGCGAGAUCAAACCUCCCAACCUGUUCCCCCAGACUCCCCAGGAGAUCACCCACUGCCACGAUGAGGAUGAUGAUGAGGAGGAAGAGGAAGAGGAGGAGGAGGAGGAGGAGGAAUAAGCUAGACUCUGAGUAGAAACAGGGCCAUGUUCCUUGUACUUUUUUCCCCCAGUAGAAUCGUAUAGUGAUCUCCCUCAAAGUGAAGCAGGGACGAAAAACAUCUCCAGUGUGUGUGGGUGUGUAUAUGUCAAUACUGUAUGUGUGGAUGCACACACACACACACACACACACACACACACACACACACACACACACACACACACACACACACACACACACACUAGAGACUUUUACAGAAAGUGUAAAGGACCAGUAUCGAGGCAGAUCAUAUGACUCUCAGAUGACUGUAUGCAUGCUCGGUCCUCUAAACCCGACCUUUCUACAGUAGCUUCACUUUAAGAAAACAUGUAAUGCUUUUUUUUUAAAAAUUGAUUUGACUUGAUUUGUGUAUUAUUUGUUUUUUCAGACAGACAUGCAUCAGACCCAAGGGUGGAUCACACCAUCACAUUUACUCAGUAAUCCAUCAGACAAUUGUGCACAUUAUUAUCAAACACUUUUUAGUUGCAAUACACACAUUAAAGCCGCAGAUUUGCUUUUUUUUAUGCAACUUGGGAACAACAUUCACUGUUUCAUUUAUUUUGUUCAACUUGCCUGUUUUCUUGUCAUUCACAAGGAGUAACUCGUAUGUGAGGGAAGGAAGUAUGUGUGUCUCUGUGCAUGUGUAUCUGCCAAAGUAGACUCACUCAGACUCUGUAGCAUCCUGAGUGACGCUAAGAUAAGGAAACCGAAGCACAAUCCGGCGUCGAGCUGAUCACUGACUGCGUACUUUUUUUUUUUUUGGAAGUUGUGAGUAGAGAGAAUGUUGUGGUACAUGAGUGGUUUUUGAGCUGACAUUUUGAAAAGUGUUACCAGGCAACACUGAGGACAGAGUUCUGUAACUGUACAUUAUGCUGAUAGUCUCUAUGACAACAUACAGUAAUGUUUCUGUAAAUAGCUGUCAGGUGAACGGGCCACACGCAGCUAACAUGCAGUAUUUUGUCAGCUUGGUUGGUCAGGCAGAUGAAACUUGAGUAUUUCAUUUCAAAACCGUUUGUUUUUGUGUUUGUGUCGCAGGUAGAGGGGCCGUUUUUAUGAGCUCUGUAGAGGUUUUAAGAAGUGUGAUGUGUGAUUUUGUGAGUAUAAGGAAAUGGAUGUUUAGGUGUAUCUGGCUUCCGUCUGCGAUAAGCUCCUUUUUAGCGCAUCUCUCUGGUUUUGGUGCUCGGCUGGGAUUACUGCCUGAUUACUGACACUGAUCCACAGGCGCUGGCUUUGUCCUCAGCAAGAGGAAACUAUUGGACAGAGUGUAUGUGAAUGCACAGUAUUUCUUCUGAUCGACCUCUGAGCACUGUGAUGUCAUCAUUUGGGAACUUUUGAGUUUUACAGGCCAACAAAAGACAAGAUAAUUGAACUUCACCUCAGUAUGACAGAGAUAUGCUAUGUGUAUGUGUUAAAGUGCAUCAGUGUUGGGUUGCAGAUAAGGUUGGCUGGGAUAUUUUAGUGAUUGUGGUUAUUUCAUUUAAAAAAAAAAAAACAUUCAGUGAGUUGACCUCCCCACCCCCACCCCUGUUAGUAUUUUGUCCUGAUAUGUUGUAAACAUCUUGUGCGUGUUGGAUUGGCCUUUAUUCUGGGCCACAAAAGGGAAGGAAAACUGUCUGCUUUUUGCAUAUUUUGAGUUUGGCUUGAUGUGAAGUGGAGAAAGAUGUUCAUUUGCAACUCUGUGUGACGACUCUUUGGACAGAACCGUGUUGAAUAUUAUAAAAACAUAUUAGACCUGUUUGUUAUCUUUGUUUUUAUAUACAAAUGAGAUAUUUGUAUUCUUAAUUUUUUUGUUUAUUAAACAUAUAUUAACUGGAUAUGCUACAUGGGGCAGCUGCGUUGCUAAUAAGAAAUAGGUGUCUUUUCUUUGCAUAAUUUGCCUAUGCAUGUGAAAGUAACAAGCAUAUCUGUUCUGCCUGGGUUAUGGCAACAUUGGUUUUUCUUCUGUGUGGACUGCAUCAUUUUCAGAAGGAAGCUUAUAUGUCAUUGUAGUUUACACAGCGGAAAAUAACUGUACAAAAAAGCCUACAAUGAAGGGAAACAGCAUGUUAAGUACUGUAACAAAGAAGUUACAUGUAAUCAACACCAUAGGAGUUAUUUUUAUUUUUUUAUGCUAGUCUUUUUUAACGGUCUUGGUUUACAGAAGUGUAAAUAGACCUUUCCAUUUCCUUUCCUUGUUAUUUCCCCCUAAAAAAAAAACAAAACUUAUUUGUUAACUUUGAAAAUACAACAGAAAUUUGUCGCUCAGACUGUGAACUAGGCAAGGUCUGGUGAACAGGUUAUAGCGUUAUAUCGUAGUACGGUUUGAUCCAUUACUGUGAUUCCCAGAAUGCAUUAGCAUUAACACAAGGUGCCAAAACAAGACACCUUCCAUUUUCUAAAUUACAAUGUUUUUUAGUUUUAUGUUAUGUUCCUCUGAAAAGUGUUUGUUUGUUUCCUAAAUUCAUCUUACAAACUGUAUAAUAAUAAAAAAAUGACAUAAAAAUGUAGAAUAAAGAUAGUUUUUCAUAA